GGAAUUGCAUAUAUAUGAUUGUAAAGUUUAUUUAUAAUUUUUAUCAUGUCUAAUGAAAUGACAAACAUUCAUAAAGAAAUUCUUAUUCCGAACCGUGUAUGCAUUAGAGGUUUGGAUUCCGUAACUAAAGAGGAAGACUUGAAUAAUAUUUUUCUUAAGUUCGGAACAAUCAUUGAGACUAAAAUAAUUCGAGAUAUAUGCAACGGUGAAAGUCUAGGUCUUGGUUUUAUCACAUUUGAUAGUCAGAGAGUGGCCGAACACGUAGUAUCUACAUGUAGUACAAUGGAAAUAAAUGGAAAAGAAGUUUUUAUCCUUCCAGCAAAAAUUCAACGAAUUCGUAAACCUAAAAGUUCUCCAUCUAAUUGCUCUUUUAAUGCAUAUAUACCUGAUCCAAAUGAUACUUAUCUUAGUUUGAAUCGCCCGUUAACAUCUUUGCAUAUAGUUCCUACGUAUCCAAUAGAGAAUGAAGUUUUUUAUAAAAACGGUGAAGGAUACCCUGUCAAAAACAUUCAUAAAGACCGUUGCUUUAACUUGGCAAAUCUUCAUCAUCCUUUUGAAGUAAUAGACAAUGCAUGUAAUCCAAAUUGCGUACUACCUGUUUACAUACCUAACUAUGGAAUGCCGUUUUUAACCUUAAAUGGAAAUUCUAUACAUACUUCAACAAAUCAAGUUCAUGGCCAUGUGCUUAAUGGACGCGAGGAUAUUAGUUUUAAUGGAAUUCAUUUGCAAAAUGGUAUAUCUUUUAUUCCCCAAGCAGCACCAUCAGUGUCUGACCAUUCACGUCGAAACGUGAAUAAUAUUUUAAAUGGAGCAUCCUCGCCUAUCAACAACACCGGUAUAUCUAGAGUAAGUUGCAGUUCUCCAAUUAGUCCAGCACUUGCUCCUCCUCCAACGUUUUAUCGAUUGCCAUUUGUAUCAAAUAAAAUUGUUGAAGAAAAUAGUACUCACUCUAAAAAAGAAAAUGUAACGUUUACAAAUCUAGUAAAUUUUAGCGAAUAUUCACCUUCUAAAUACACGAGUGUUCAAGAUGCUGUCUCGUCAUCAAAAUACUCUAAUGUCCAAGAUGUUAUCUCUUGUGGAAACCAACAUAAGGAGCAGAAAGUUUAUUUUAUUGCUGCAGCCCCUGGAAAAGUGAAAAGAGUGGUUGUUAAUUAGCUUUUUUUUUUUUCUUUUCAAAAAUUUAAAACUUUCAUUUCUUUUUUUAAAAUUUGAUUUUACUUUUUGUACAGG